AUGCCUGAAGCCGUUCCGCCCCCCAAACGGGCCUUGGCCGAUACGACCACCAAUCCACGCGGCAAUGUCGUUUCCCCCGCCGCGCUGAAGAAGCGCAAGCUCGAUAACCAACACUCGUCCCAGCUUAAGCCACCCUCACAAAAUGCCCAGCGCAAGGGCUUUGGCUCAAGUCAGCCACAGAAGAGUCAGUUCGAAGAGGAAGUCCUCGAGAAGCUGACACAGGAUAUUGGUGACUUGAAAGGGAACAAUGCGGAGAAGGACCAGCAGUGGGAGCGACCGGCCCUGGGUGAAUUCGACCCGACGAAGGAGAACAUCUGUUUCCAGCAGAUUGAUGCCGAAGAGGGCAGAUUUGGAGCUGACAAGAUGGCCGUUCGCCUAUUUGGUGUCACUGAGCACGGUCAAUCGGUGAUGCUACAUGUGACUGGAUUCCAACAUUACCUUUACAUCGCUGCCCCUGUUGGCUUUACCAAGGAGGAUUGCAACCCCUACCGCGCCUUCCUCGAGACCAAACUCGCCCAAAUGGUCCCGGUCAUCGAGUCCGUACAAGUAACACUCCGAGAGAACAUAUAUGGAUUUCAGGGAAACCAAAAGAGCUGGUAUCUCAAGAUUACCGUGACCGACCCAAAGUUCAUUGCCAGGGUGCGCAGUGCGCUUGAGACUGGAAGUGGAUCAAUGAACUACAAAGGCCUCUGGAGCAGCUCGGACUCGGGAAUUCUCACGUUCGACAACAUCCAGUAUCUGCUGCGAUUUAUGAUUGACACUGGUCUACACGGAAUGUCGUGGGUUGAAGCAAAAGCUGGACAAUAUCGCCUAGUGUCAGACCACGAAAGGCAAUCUAACUGCCAGAUUGAGGCCAUUAUGGACUACCGUGAUAUGACCGCACACGCCCCGAACGGGGAAUGGGCUAAGAUGGCCCCUCUGCGUAUCUUGUCUUUCGAUAUCGAGUGUGCUGGGCGCCAAGGCAUUUUCCCGGAACCCAAUGUGGACCCCGUCAUUCAAAUCGCUAAUGUGGUUACUCGGUAUGGAGAAUCGAAGCCCUUCGUCCGAAACGUAUUCUGCCUCGACACUUGCAGUCUCAUUGUCAAUACCCAGAUUUUGGAGUUUGAAAAGGAGGAAAGAAUGCUGAUGGCAUGGCGCGAGUUUGUAGAGAAGGUCGAUCCGGAUGUCAUCAUUGGAUAUAACAUUGCGAACUUCGACUUCCCGUACUUACUGGACCGUGCGAAACAUCUGAAGUGCCACCAGUUUCCCUACUGGACCCGACUGAAGAAUUGCAAGACCGAAGCUAAGGAGGCUAAUUUCUCGAGCAAGCAAAUGGGCAAUCGAGAAACCAAAGCGACCAAUACCAACGGCAGAAUUCAACUGGAUUUGCUCCAGUUGGUGCAGAGAGAUCACCACUUGCGAAGUUACACCCUCAAUUCUGUAUCCUAUGAAUUCCUGGGAGAGCAGAAGGAGGAUGUCCAUCACACCAUGAUCACAGAACUUUUCAACGGAACUCCCGAUUCUCGACGACGAUUGGCGGUAUAUUGUUUGAAAGAUGCUUAUCUACCACAAAGAUUGAUGGACAAGCUGAUGUGCUUGGUCAACUAUACGGAAAUGGCAAGAGUCACGGGUGUUCCGUUUAAUUUUCUCCUUUCUCGAGGCCAGCAAGUCAAGUUCAUCAGCCAGCUGUUCCGAAAGGCCCUUGAGCAACAACUGGUCAUUCCGAACACAAAAUCGCAGGAUGAACAAGAUUAUGAAGGUGCAACUGUCAUCGAACCCAAACGUGGCUACUACGGUGUGCCUAUUGCCACUCUCGAUUUCGCAUCUCUGUACCCGUCCAUUAUCCAGGCGCACAACCUUUGCUAUACCACAUUGCUUAACAAAAGCAGCGUUGAGAAGCUUGGUCUUGUGAAGGAUGACGACUAUAUCGUGACGCCAAACGGAGACAUGUUCUGUACCUCAAAAGUCCGCAAAGGCCUUCUAUCGCAAAUUUUGGAGGAACUUUUGGGUGCCAGAAAGCGCGCGAAGAAGGAGUUGGCAAGUGAGACCGAUCCCUUCAAAAAGGCCGUCCUGAAUGGUCGUCAACUUGCCCUGAAGAUCAGCGCAAACAGUGUGUAUGGUCUUACGGGAGCCACAGUCGGCAAGCUGCCCUGUCUUCCGAUCGCCAGUAGUACCACAAGUUAUGGUCGACAGAUGAUCGAGAAAACCAAGUCUGAAGUCGAAGCGCGCUACACCAUCGCCAAUGGAUACUCUCACGAUGCCGAAGUCAUCUAUGGUGAUACUGAUUCGGUCAUGGUCAAAUUCGGCGUGACGGAACUGGAAGAGGCGAUGAAACUCGGCGAGGAGGCCGCAGAAUUCGUUUCAGCCAAGUUUCUCAAGCCUAUCAAGCUCGAGUUCGAAAAGGUGUACUUUCCCUAUCUGCUGAUCAACAAAAAGCGUUAUGCCGGUCUUUACUGGACCAAUACCAAAAAGCACGACAAGAUGGACACUAAGGGUAUUGAGACCGUGCGACGAGACAACUGUCUGCUUGUACAAAAUGUCAUUGAAACUGUCUUGAACAAAAUCCUCAUUGAUCGAGAUAUCGAUGGUGCCCAGGACUAUGUUAAAUCGACUAUCUCUGAUCUUCUGCAGAACAAGGUGGAUAUGUCCAAGCUGGUGAUCACCAAGGCCUUGUCUCAGAAGGAAUACGCCGCCAAGCAAGCCCACGUCGAGCUUGCCAAGCGUAUGACGAAGCGUGAUGCCGGAUCGGCUCCCGCUUUGGGAGACCGUGUGGCCUACGUCAUGAUCAAGGGCGCGGCCAACUCGAGGGGUUACGAGCGUGCCGAAGAUCCCAUUUUCGUGCUUGAGAACAACAUUCCGAUUGAUACUAAGUAUUAUCUGGACAACCAGCUCGCCAAUCCGUUGGGCCGUAUCUUCGAGCCUAUCUUAGGCGAGAAGAAAGCCAAUCAACUGCUCACAGGCGAGCACACCCGAUCCAUCUCAGUCGCCGUGCCCAGCUUGGGUGGACUGAUGAAGUUCACGAAACGUACCCAGACCUGCAUGGGCUGCAAGAAGCCCUUGGCAGGCAAAGAAGAGAUGGCUGGUGCUGUGUGCGAGAACUGUCGCCCUCGUAUCGGCGAGCUAUACACCAAGUCUCUUACGAAGGUGUCUGACCUCGAAGUCCGCUUUGGACGGCUAUGGACGCAGUGCCAGCGAUGCCAGGGCAGUCUUCACUGCGAGGUUAUCUGCUCGUCGCGCGACUGCCCCAUCUUCUACAUGCGUAUGAAGGCCAAAAAGGACGUGGAAGACUCGCAGAAGGAGCUGGCUCGAUUUGACUUUGAUGCUGGUGCUUGGUGA